CUCGCGCCGCCACAACUCGACAGCUCGGCCCUCCACCGCCGGCCGCCGGCCGCGACAAGAGCUCCCCAGUUUCUCAUCUGUGCCAAUUCGAUUCCAAUCGCUCAAACUUGGGCUGCCCAGAAGUUUCCCCUCAGGCGCUUACCAUCCCUGAGUACUGUUCCACGUGCUCACCGCCACCGCUUCCUGGCAUCUCCGCCCAUACGUGCCUCAGGCUAAUCCACCCCGGAAGUUGCUGCCGCUGCAGGUGCUAGCAGCCGGAUGGUAUACCAGUGCAGCCCAACCGAUAUGAGCACAACCUCACGCACUGGCAGCUUCGAUGUGAAGAGGAAGCAAGUGAAAGGAAAUUCAAGUAGCCAUACAACAUCCAUUGGAAUGCCAAGACGGGCUCCUUUUCAGGAUAUUACAAAUUUGGUUGACUCACAUAGUUUAUCAAAGAGAAAACAAGCGCAAAAUAUUCUUGGUUCAGCGGAUCAUCCAAUUACUGGGACGAUACGAUCAGUCAAUCCAUCUGGCAUAUCCAUACAGUCAACUACUCCUUCGGCUGGACACAUAACUCUACCAAUAGAUGCUUCCGAGCGUAAGCGUUAUCGUGAUCGGGAAAGAUACUUGCGGAUGACUGCAGAACAGCGCGCUGCCUACCUACAAAGAAACCGUGAGUACAAAUGGAGAAGGAAAAAUCCCAUUGAAGUUAGUAAUAAUGUACAAUCUGGGAGUCAAACUUGUAACUGUACCAGUUUAAGCAUGCAAGCAACAACUCUCGCCAGUACAAGAACAGAAGGUACUUGUCAACAUAAGCGUAUAGCAGCAUUCCUGGACAAGGGCAGUGGACAUAAGAGAAGGAGACUGUCUAAUGGGGCAAGUUGUAGUAGUACUGGAAAGGAAACACAUGAACAUGUUGUAGCCAAUGAGCAUGAAGACCAUGACAGCACCAUCUAUGUCCCAAAUGGUUGUUUUCCUGCUCUAGAAGAUGAAUCUGGGCAAUCCGAAUAUAUGACCGAGGAUGAUGAUGAAGAUGAUGAGAGUUACAUAUUCACCGGACAUGGAACUGAAUGCAUAUCAUCAUAUCAAGACCCAAACCAUGCAAAUUGUGGAAUACAAUAUGAUCCUUUUGAUCGUAUAUAUCGGAGUGUACCAAGUGGCCAUCAUGUUUUGGAGCCUGUACUUAACUGCACACAUUGCAAUGCAAAACGGUUCCAGUAUGAGAAUCCAACAUUUUGCUGCAUGGGUGGCAAGGUCAAGAUAGUAACUCCAACUAUUCCUGCUGAAAUGCGCCGACUAUACACAAGUCAAGAUCCUGACGCGAAGUACUUUCAGGAUAAUAUCCGGUACUUCAAUUCUCACUUUUCUUUUACGUCUCUCGGUGUUAUCUUGGACCAGAGAUAUUGCAAUAAAAAGUCGGGAGUUUACACAUUCCGUGCACAAGGUCAAAUUUAUCACAGAAUUGAUCAAUUGGUUCCAAUAGAAGAUGGCCCCAAACAUUUACAGCUGUACUUUUAUGACACUGAAUCAGAUUUGCAACAUAGAUUUCAUUAUUCUCCUAAUCUUGAUAGAGUUCUCAUUCGAAAAUUGGCGACUGCUACAUUUCAAAUGCCCUAUGCACUUAGAAGGCUUUUUGCUACAGUUUUGGCAUUUUGCGAAGUUACAAAUGUUCGUGCAUUAUGGAACAAACACUUUGAAGCAAUGUCUGAUGAUUUUCGUAGGGAGAGCAUAAGUGAUGAAGCAGUCGAGAAACUGGUGCUUGGAGAUAUUCAAGAUUUGUUAUAUUCCAUGGGAAAGGACAUCAAGACCUUUGAUCUUCCAAAUCUGUUGGAUGCUGAUGACCUAGAUAUCUUAGAUGCUAAAGAACUGACUGAAGAAAUGUCUAUUAAAGUUGCUAAAGAAGACCUGGAGCUGGAGGCAACUCUAAACAAUGAACAACAACUUGCUUUUGAUGAAAUAAUGGACCACGUGUUGCACAGGAAGGGUAAGGUCUUCUUCAUUGAUGGUCCAGGAGGUACAGGAAAGACGUACCUUUAUAAAGCUUUAUUGGCUAAAGUACGAUCCAUGGGGUUGAUAGCCAUUGCAACAGCAACAUCUGGCAUUGCAGCUUCUAUCAUGCCUGGUGGCCGGACUGCGCAUUCCAGAUUUAAAAUACCGAUCAAUGUUCAAGAGGAUAUUGUGUGCAACAUCAAUAAGCAGGGUGGGACAGCUGAAUUACUUCGAAGAGCAUCUUUGAUAAUUUGGGAUGAAGUCGCCAUGACAAAACGACAAGCUGUUGAGGCGCUGGAUAGAUCCCUGCAAGAUAUUACAGAAUCAAUUGGUGAAGACUAUGUGCAUCUACCUGAAGAGAUGGUUAUAGGUUCCACAACUUUAGGUGCCUCGGGUCAACUGGAAUCAUGUGCCUUUCUGGAUCUUGAACUGGCGAUCUCCGUGAAUAAGAGGGAUCUCUCCUCCUUGUGUUUCCUGUUCGACAAAGUAAAGAAGAAACUUGCUUCUCCAUGCUAUUUCAGGGUUUCUUUCAAGGGUAUAAGGAGAGUGUAA